UCAUAUAUUUUUUGGAAAUAACUUAAAAAAAAGACUCAAAAUUCCUUUUUGAGCAAUUCAAACAAACAAUUCCUUCCAAAAUCGAACUUUUGCAAAAAGAUGUGGGUUGUUGGUUACAAAAAACUUGGACUCCUUAAAUCUCCAUCUAAUACUCUUGUAUCUAAACAAUUUAAAAAAAACAUCGGCCAGAUUAGACCUACAGCCUUGAGCAUUCUUUUGGCAGCUUCAACCACUUCAAAAUUUUUGCUAGAAAUCCUAAAAGUAAAAAAAACAGUAUAAUAAAACAAGAUGAAGAAAUGUCAGUAGAUUAGAUCGACACUCAUAGCAUAGUAGCAACUAGAAUUUAGUACAAGAAGUAAAAAAUAUUCUGCUUCAUAAAAAAUAUGCAUUCAAAAUAUACAGUGAAAAAGAUAAAAUGAAGAGAGACGAUACCAUAAACCAUCUAAUCAAUUUCCCUUACAUAUUCAAAAAUAUGGAGACUAUUAAAUUCAUGCACCAACGAAUAUCCUUAAAUAUUUGCCAAACCUACACUUUAGAUCCUUGGAGAUGAUAACAUUAAUCUACUUUGAGAUAAACAUAUACUUGAUAAUAUAGAUAUACAAAGAAGAAAAUAUGGAAGAUGCUUACGAGAAAGCCCAUCUAGCCAGGAUCCAAUAUAUAUUUGAGCUUCUGCUCCUCUAUAAGAAGGAAAUUACGAUAUUGGUUAAGCACUUUAAACAACAAUGUUGAAUAAGGAGUUAGAAGUCACUAAGUUAAUGCGGAUGGUUCAUGUAUCAUUAGCUAUUAUUGGCGAUUGAGGAUGCUUCUCAUAUUCUUCUUCCGAAUACUUGAGAAUAUUCAAGUUCUCAUUUUUCGUCCAACUGAUAAGCUUUUCAUCUAAAUAUUCUUCAAAUCAUGACUUGGCCGUGUUGUUUGGAAAAAGUUGACUCUUAAACUGCUCAAACUCCAACAUUUCAUCAAUAGAAACAUGUUCAAAGGCUUCUUCACAACUACUUUAAGCUAUAUAUGUAUCACUGGAUGCUUGUUCAUAUACUUUAUAAAGCCUGAGCAACAUCUUCAAAAUUCUCAACAAGUAUUUAGAACCAAUACCAAUUUUCUUAGACAUGGGGGAGCAAAUAUUUUAUCUGUUGACCAUUUUGGAGGAGUCAAGUGAACUUAUAAAUAAUAUGAGCAAGCAUCCAGCUAGACUUGCAUAUCUUAUAGCAGUUGUGAAGAGCCUGUAGACAUGUUCUUAAUGAUUUAAUGUUCGAGUUUGACUAGUUUGUGAGCCAAGUCUUUUGAGUUAGCAGGUCCAAGUCUAAAGUGAAUAAUAUUUAAAAUUUUAAAUGAAAAGUUGCUUAGUUGGAAGAAAUAUGAGAAUUUGAGCACUCUCGAUUACUGGAUAAGAUAAUAUAGAUAUGUCCUAAAUUGUCAAUCAUGGUUCGUUAUACAUUAAUUACCCCCAUCACUUGCGUGGCUGUUGAAUCUUUAUUCAAUACUGCAGUUUGAAUGCUUAAUAGAUAUUGUAACCUCCUCCUUUCGAAGAAGCUGAAGCUCAAAUAUAUACUGGUUCUUGGCUAAAUGAGAUUCUUAGAAGUUAGUUAUGUUUUUUUCUUAUUACUUUGUAUACUUAUAAUUAUCGAGCAUAUGUUUGUCUUACAGUAGAUUAAUAUUGUUAUUUCCUAUGAUCUGAAUGCAGCUUUGGUAGAUAUUGGAAAAGGAAAUUUGUUGGUGCAUAAUUUUAGUAAUACUUAUAUUUUUGAAUCUAAACACAAAAUUGAUUCAGAUGUUUUUUUCCUCAUUUGGUAUUUUCCCUCUCAUUUUUUCUCUUUUUCACUAUGUAUAUUUCUUUUUGCAAUUCCUUAUGGAGAUGAAUUUAUUUCACACUUCUUGCACUAGUUCUUUUGCUACUUGUCUAAUGGUGUUGAUCUGAGCUACUAAAUUUUCUUUAUGUUGUUGUAUUAUACUGUUCUACUAUACAGUUAUGCUUUAUGAACUCUUACACGAAUUUUGAAGUGGUGAAGUUAUCACGAGAAGGCUGUGAGACCAAUCAAUUGGCAGAAAUUUUAGCAAGAAAAGGUUUAGAUAUACAAGAACGAAGCUUUGGAGGUGCCGCUUUGUGUUGUAAUGAAUUUGAUCUUUGGGGAGAAAGCUCAAGAUACCAAAUGGCCUGAACAUGUUGAAGUCAAAGGAAAAGUAAGGCUUCAAGCAUUUGAAAAAUUUAUUCAAGAGCUUCCUCGCUCUCGGAAUCGUGCAUUGAUGGUGAUCUCUCUUUGCUGGAAGCCGGGAUCACCUGAAGCUGGACUGGCAGGGAUGAAGGAGGUUGCAAAAGGUUACAUACAGAGUCAGAAAGUUGGAUUUGCACAGAUCUGUCCAGGUCUUGAUCUCUAUGUCUGCCCUCGUAAUGAUACGAUUAUAACAAUUCUUGCAAAGCAUGGUUUCUUCAAGGGCAUGGGCGCAGUUGAGGAUAAUCAAGAUUCUUUAAUUGGGUGUGUUAUAUGGCGUAGAGGCCACACCUCGUCAAACCCAGUCCCUAAAAUCUCAGAGAAAAAAGAAACCCAGUUACCAGAAACUUCUUCUUCAAGCACACAGGUUGAUAACUUGAAAAAUAAGCAAGAGAAAGCUCUCAGUCCUCUCAAUGCUACUCUUAACAGCUCAAAAGGCAUCAUAAGCGAUUCUUCAAGGCCAUAUAGUUCUCCUCUGAUUCAGGUCCAACCACCUGCUGCACAAAAACUUGAAUCAAACUCUUCUCAAGAAACUAUGAUACAUCCUGAUAUUCCUAUAACUCAAGCAGUAGAGCCAAAAGAAUUGGUUGCACCAGUUCGUUCAAGAGCAACUAUGAUGCUGCCAGGAGCUCAACACCAAACAAACACACAGACCAAUGAUGGCUCGCAAAAAUUUAGAAACCAUAAUAGUUAUGUUCCUCGCCCAGAACUCGGUGCUUCAAUCUCCUCGAAUUUUACAUUCAUCGGAGCUCAGAUACCAACCUCACAAAAUACAGUUCAAAGUAAUGCAAAGCCAGAAUUAGCACAGCCCGCUCUCCCCAGACCACCACCUCUGCCCUCAGAAGUUCUUCAAAGAAUUGUCCAGUUUAACAGUGAAGCAAACAAGGCUCCUACAGAAGGAAUGACCAAAGCUGAGGCUUCUUUCAUGCCUACUGGAGAGCCAAAGGAAACUGACAGAGCUUGUGAAGUUCACCACAAGCCGGGGAAUUUAGAUGAUGAUGAUGAUGAUGAUGGUGAUCUACCGGAAUUUGACUUUGCUUCUGCCUGUGGUGUUCCAAAAGCACCAAUGAGUACCUUUCGAAGAUCCGUUCAUCAAAAAUAUCAGCAAAUUGGCUCUCUCAAGAAUGAAAAUGUGUCUUUAGGCAGAAGUAUGAACACAUAUCUAGGGUCCAAUAGCACCAUACCUACAGGAUUUGGGGAGGUGAAUUCUGAGAAGAAGCCCGCAGAUGCCCCAUCUUCGAGUCAUCACUUUCCUGGAAAAUCCGAUGAGGGUUUCUUGUCAAGUAGUAUUUCACAAAAGAGUCGUUGGGAUGAUGACGAUGAUAUGCCUGAGUGGUGUCCCCCAGACCUAGAGCAUCUUGAUGGACCAAAAGCAAGUCCCAGUACUAGAAUUCUCCCAACAGUCUCCAGGCCGAUAUCAGAAAAUGUUGAAGAAUUACCUUUAACUCCUACUCAAUGUUCGAUGACAACAUUUAACGCACCAAUACAAAGUCGUCCAUCAAUACAAAGACAAAGUUUUCCAGGAUAUCACCCUCGUGGCUUUGUUCCGAUUGAUGUCAGGCCUCCACAAAGACCCCACUCAAGCAAUUUAGUGAGGCCUCAAUUUAAAAACUUUGGUGGCAAGUAUCCGUCUUCCGUUAGCUGGCAGUGGAAGAGAGAUUAAUCUUUUGAAACUUCACAUCAUGUUGUUUGUGUACAUAAAAAAGUUUUAGAUGUUAUUUGUAUGGAGAAUGUGUGGUUUUCUCUAGGAGUUCAAGUGCAGUCUGUACCAGUCCUACCAUGUAUUUUCAUCAAAUAAAAGGCGUGGUCUUAGGAUGCAAGAUGAUUAUCUUUUUAA